AUGUCCUCUGAAACUUAUGAAUUUCAAGCUGAAAUUACUCAAUUGAUGAGUUUAAUCAUCAAUACUGUUUACUCUAAUAAAGAAAUUUUCUUAAGAGAGUUAAUUUCUAAUGCUUCUGAUGCUUUGGACAAGAUUAGAUAUCAGUCUUUGUCUGACCCAAAAGUUUUGGAAACGGAACCAGAACUAUUCAUCAGAAUUACUCCAUAUCCAGAACAAAAAGUUUUAGAAAUCAGAGAUUCAGGUAUUGGUAUGACCAAGGCUGAAUUGAUCAACAACUUGGGUACUAUUGCCAAGUCUGGUACUAAGGCCUUUAUGGAAGCUUUAUCUGCUGGUGCAGAUGUUUCUAUGAUUGGUCAGUUUGGUGUUGGUUUCUAUUCUUUAUUUUUGGUUGCUGACAGAGUCCAAGUUAUUUCUAAACAUAACGAUGAUGAACAAUACAUUUGGGAAUCUAACGCAGGUGGUUCCUUUACAAUUAGUUUAGAUACCGAAGGUGAAAAGAUUGGUAGAGGUACCGUCUUGAGAUUAUUUUUGAAAGAUGAUCAAUUAGAAUACUUGGAAGAAAAGAAGAUUAAGGAAGUUGUCAAACGUCACUCUGAAUUUGUUGCUUACCCAAUUCAACUGGUUGUUACCAAAGAAGUUGAAAAGGAAGUUCCUGCUGAAGAAGACGAAAAGAAGGAUACUGAAGAGGAAGAAAAGAAGGAGGAAGAAGAAGAUGACAAGAAACCAAAAUUAGAGGAAGUUGAUGAAGAAGAAGAAGAAAAGAAAGAGAAAGAACCAAAAAAGAUCAAGGAAGAGGUUAAGGAGUUGGAAGUUUUGAACAAAACCAAACCAUUGUGGACCAGAAACCCAAGCGAAGUUACUCAAGAAGAGUACAAUGCUUUUUACAAAUCCAUUUCUAAUGACUGGCAAGACCCAUUGGCCGUCAAACAUUUCUCUGUUGAGGGUCAAUUAGAAUUCAAAGCUAUUUUAUUCAUUCCAAAGAAGGCUCCAUUUGAUUUGUUUGAAUCCAAGAAGAAGAAGACCAACAUUAAGUUAUAUGUUCGUCGUGUUUUUAUUACUGAUGAAGCCGAUGAAUUAAUCCCUGAAUGGUUGAGCUUUGUCAGAGGUGUUGUUGACUCCGAAGACUUGCCAUUGAACUUGUCCAGAGAAAUGUUGCAACAAAACAAGAUCAUGAAGGUUAUCAGAAAGAACAUUGUCAAGAAGUUGAUUGAGACUUUCAAUGAAAUUGCGGAAGAUGCUGAGCAAUUCAAGACCUUUUAUGAAGCUUUCUCCAAGAAUAUCAAGUUAGGUAUUCAUGAAGAUACUCAAAACAGAUCUGCUUUGUCUAAGUUGUUACGUUACAAUUCUACUAAAUCCAUUGAUGAAAUGACUUCUUUGACUGAUUACGUUACAAGAAUGCCAGAACAUCAAAAGAAUAUUUACUAUAUUACUGGUGAAUCUUUGAAGGCUGUUGAAAAAUCACCAUUUUUAGAUGCUUUGAAGGCUAAGAACUUUGAAGUUUUGUUUUUGGUUGAUCCAAUUGAUGAAUAUGCUUUCACUCAAUUGAAGGAAUUUGACGGUAAAAAAUUGGUUGAUAUCACCAAGGACUUCGAGUUAGAAGAAACCGAUGAAGAAAAGGCCGAAAGAGAAAAGGAAACUAAGGAAUUUGAACCAUUGACCAAAGCUUUGAAAGAAAUCUUGGGCGAAAAGGUUGAAAAAGUUAUUGUUUCUUAUAAACUAAUUGAUGCACCAGCUGCUAUUAGAACCGCCCAAUUCGGUUGGUCCGCUAACAUGGAAAGAAUUAUGAAGGCACAAGCUUUAAGAGACACUACUAUGUCUUCUUACAUGUCCUCCAAGAAGAUUUUUGAAAUUUCUCCAAAGUCUCCAAUUAUUAAGGAAUUGAGAAAGAGAGUUGAAGACGGUGGCGCUGAAGAUAAGACUGUUAAGGAUUUGACCAACUUGUUGUUUGAAACUUCAUUGUUAACAUCUGGUUUUACAUUGGAAGAACCAACUACCUUUGCAAACAGAAUUAACAGAUUAAUUUCCUUAGGUUUGAACCUUGAUGAAGAAGAAGAAGAAAAAUUCGAACAAGCUGCUACUGAAGCUCCAAUUGAAGAAGUUAAUGCUGAAACAGAAAUGGAAGAAGUUGAUUGA